UACAGUUAUUACAUGGACGGUUACAGUAAUUAUUCUACAAAUACAAGUAUUGCAAGAACAAAGACAGGUGGUUCUGCCCACUAUCAUCAACAUGUUGCUAAUGAAAGUGUUGAUUUUGAAAACCAAAAUUUAGAGAAUGAUAAUCCCUCUCCAAAUAAGUCAAAAAAUUCAUUGGGUUCUAGUUUAAAAUAUUCUGAAAGUCUAAAAACUAAAUUUGAGACUCCUGGUUCUUUCAAGUCAUUUAACAAUAAACAUUAUCAGUCAACAAUAUAUUCAAAUGAAGCCACAGUUUUAGCAGAAAGAAACAACAACAGACCAAAUAUUAGAGAUUCUAAUGAAACCACGUCUAACAACACAUCUUUUUUAACAAACACAGUUGAUAACUUUUUAUAUGAAAAGGAUCAUUACUCAAAGUUGAUAAAUGAAUAUAUAACACCAUCUCCUUCUUCUCCUAGAAACUUCAUCACCCAUGAUUUUAGUAAUCAAUCUUCUACGCCUACAAAUAAUAAAAACCCCUCUUCUGCUUAUAAAAUCAAUGAUAAAAGAAACGCAGAUUCUAGCUCGAUAUUAAAAGAAACUUCCUUUGCAGAUAUCGAUUUAAAAACGUCUCACAUUAAAGCCCCUUCGCUUGUUUCAUCUCACCUCGACAUUUCACCCUGUUUAGAUCAGUAUCCUCUAUCAGCAUUGUAUACCAUUGAUAGUAAAAACGAUCUUAUUGCCUAUAAUCCGAUUACCACAAGAUCAGUUAAAUCAAGUCGCCCCAAUGUUUUUGAUGAUGACCCGUUGAAAGAUCAGUUUAUCAUUGAAGAAUCCGAAGAAAGCGAACAGGAAAACAGCUUUGCAAUUCAACAUAGAGGCAACUUUGAUAGCAAUGAGUACUCUGAGGUUUAUUUGGAAGAUAAAGAAAUAGGAACCCAGUUUAAUACAGCACCACACAAGAAACCUUCUAAACCUAGAUCACUCUUAUCUACCAGCUGUUAUGUGAAGGUAAAUUACAUUCCUCAGGGCAGACCUUUGCUAUCAAAUGAUAGUCCUCUUGAUCUCUCUCCAUUGAAAAACCACUUCAAUCAUAAGGCAAACCCAUUUUACGACCAACCAGAAGUCUCAAAUGAUGAAAAAACGCUAAUGGCAAUUAUAGAUUAUGAGAUCAACGCAUUAGCCGAAUCAAGUGAUAGUAGAGAUCCCUUUGAUAGCUCCGAUGGAAGCAGCAUGAAUUCAGGAUUCAGCAUAGGCUCAAACUGGUUUAAAACUAUUUUAAAGAGAUUCUCGACCACAAGAAACAAAAAAGAGGAUUUUGAUCGCAAUUAUCCAUGGUUUAAAAUAAUUCGUCCUAAUUUUGACUACGAUGAAAGCGACUCCGAGGAUGAUAAUUACCAAGGAACAUUAUUCGGAAGAAACAAUACAGAUAUGUUACCAGUUAGUAUUAUUCCCACCAGAUUUGAUGAAAUAGAUUUGACCAAGUCAUUAAGGCAAAAAACAUAUGAUAGGGUUAAUCAAGGGAAUAGUGUGUUUGGUGACGCAGACAUUGAAUUAAAUGAUAUGGUCUAGUUUUUGUUGAUAAAGAAAUUAUCUAAGUUUCUUAUUCUUUUCUUUUUUUUUUUUUACUUUUUUUACUUGUUUUUUU